CAGUCAUUACUGCGCUAUCGUAUAUGUAUAUCCGGAGAGAAUAGAAAGAAAGAAAGAGAAAGAGAAACACAGAGAGAGCUUCGGCCGUCGUGUCGAGGUUGUCAUGAAAGGGCAGAGUCACCUAAAAGUCGGGACAAAUUCAUAAGAGUUUGAAUCUCUGAAAGGCAAAAUCACCCCAUCCACUGCGUUCUAUCUCGUCCCUCUGAAAUCAGAAGAAUUUCUUGAUAUGAUGUUGAGGUUGUGGAAAUGGUAUCAGAAAUGUUUGGAUGUUCAUCCGGUUAAGACUCAGAUCAUCAGCUCCGGCUUUCUUUGGGGUCUUGGUGAUGUUACGGCUCAGGCCAUUAACCAUUCUACAAUGCAAAAGCACCAUAAGAACUCUCAGGAUGCAGAUGAGUUUAAAAUAAAAUGGAAAAGAGUGGCUAUCACAAGCAUAUUUGGAUUUGGAUUUGUUGGACCAGUAGGUCAUUUCUGGUAUUUGGGCUUAGACCGAGUCAUAAGGUCGCGCCUUCAACUACAACCGAAAUCAUUGCGGUUUGUUGCUACUAAAGUGGCAAUGGAUGGUAUAAUCUAUGGGCCAUUUGACCUGUUUGUGUUUUUUACGUAUAUGGGCUUUUCCAUGGGCAAGAGUGUUGAGCAGGUGACAGAAGAUGUGAAGAGGGAUUUCCUUCCGGCCUUGAUGUUGGAGGGAGGUUUCUGUGCACUUGUUCAGGUUGCUAAUUUCCGAUUUGUUCCUGUGAAAUACCAACUUCUGUAUAUGAACACCUUCUGUCUAUUGGACUGCGCUUUUUUAUCAUGGAUUGAACAGCAACAGGAUGCUCCUUGGAAGCAGUGGCUAACAUCUUUUCUAGUCUGGGAAGAACGAGAAGGCCGGAGAUGAUAAUCUCUUUGAAUCAUCUCCUGUAUCUUUCUCUCCGUCAGUGAUCCUAAUGUGAAAAAUGUGUGCCAAGACAUUCAUCAUGUAAAGUUGAAAGAAUUUCAUAAGACCCCAAAAUCCCAACUUGUGUUUUUGAAGGUUGGAAUUGGGGAAAUGAUGCAAACUACUACCUUCAACCUAUACAUUUUGAACAGAUACCCAUAGAUUGCGCCUGAAUCUUGCAAUCGACUGGAGUUGCAUUAUUUGAAAUCAAAUACAAUUCAAAUGACAUGAUCUUAAAA